GAGCUGGUGUGUCUCCAUGGCGACGCGCGUGGCGUAUAAGUAGCGGCGCGGCGCUGCUGGCUUUGUCAGUCGCUGCAUCCGUCGCCUCCGGCAGUCCUCAGGCAGCAGCUCGGCGCCACCUCCGGCCGGCACCUCCGGCUGGCGCAGCGAGGCGGCGGGGGCGUCGUCCCAUCCCGGGUGCUGUUCCUGUUUCUACUGCUGCUCCAGCUCCGGCUCCGGCUCCGGCUCCGGCUCCGGCUUCGGCUUCGGCUUCGGCUUCGGCUGUAGCUUGGCGCGGUCUCGGCCUCGUCCCGGCUCCGGCUCCGACGCGUCCAUGGGGCCGGCCCGCGGUGGCCCGGCGCUCUGAGAGAACACUUCUGCUGCUGCUCCGAGGACGUGGGGCUUGGAGUUCCUGGAGCCUCUGCCUUGUGAGGAGCUGGAAGGGUCCCUCUGAAUCCAUCGCUUAGUUUCCCACCUUGCUGCCUUUCCAGGUGUAAAGAAGCCAUGACCUGUGCUCACAGUGAGGAGUUUGACUGCUGCUUCCUGGAUGAAGGCUUUACAGCCAAGGACAUCUUAGACCAGAAGAUCAAUGAGGUCUCAUCCUCUGAUGACAAGGACGCCUUCUAUGUCGCAGACCUUGGGGACGUUCUCAAGAAGCAUCUGCGCUGGCGGAAAGCUCUCCCUCGAGUCACCCCCUUCUAUGCAGUCAAGUGCAAUGACAGCAAAGCCAUCCUGAAAACCCUCGCUGCCAUUGGGACAGGAUUUGACUGCGCGAGCAAGACGGAGAUCCAGCUGGUACAGAGUCUCGGGGUGUCACCAGAGAGGAUCAUCUAUGCCAACCCCUGCAAGCAGGUGUCACAGAUCAAGUAUGCAGCCAGCAGUGGGGUCCAGAUGAUGACCUUUGACAGUGAAGUUGAGCUGCUGAAAGUGGCCCGGGCACAUCCAAAGGCUAAGUUGGUCUUACGGAUCGCCACUGACGACUCCAAAGCUGUCUGUCGCCUCAGUGUGAAAUUUGGUGCCACACUCAAAACCAGCAGACUCCUUUUGGAACGGGCAAGAGAGCUAAAUAUUGAUGUCAUCGGUGUCAGCUUCCACGUGGGGAGCGGCUGCACUGACCCCGAGACCUUCGUGCAGGCUGUGACAGAUGCGCGCUGCGUCUUCGACAUGGGGGCUGAGUUUGGCUUCCACAUGUAUCUGCUUGAUAUUGGAGGUGGCUUUCCUGGAUCUGAGGAUGUGAAGCUCAAAUUUGAAGAGAUCACCAGUGUGGUCAAUCCCGUGCUGGACAAGUGCUUCCCGGCGGACUCCAGUGUACGGAUCAUAGCCGAACCCGGCAGGUACUACGUGGCAUCAGCGUUCACCCUUGCGGUAAACGUCAUAGCCAAGAAGCUGGUGCUGAAGGAGCAGGCUGGCUCAGACGAUGAGGAGGAGGCAAGUGAGCCGACUUUCAUGUACUAUGUGAAUGAUGGCGUCUACGGCUCCUUCAACUGCAUUCUGUAUGACCACGCACAUGUGAGGCCGCUGCUGCAGAAGAGACCCAAGCCCGAUGAGAAGCACUACUCGUCUAGCAUCUGGGGGCCUACGUGCGAUGGUCUAGACCGAAUUGUGGAGCGCUGCAACCUGCCAGAGCUGCACAUGGGCGACUGGAUGCUCUUUGAGAACAUGGGUGCCUACACCGUGGCUGCAGCCUCCACCUUCAAUGGCUUCCAGAGGCCGACCAUCUACUACGUGAUGUCACGACCCACAUGGCAGCUCGUGCAGCGGAUCCAGAGCCAUAGCUUUCCACCCGGGACGGAGGAGCAGGAUGUUGGGCCCCUGCCUGUGCCCUGUGCCCGGGAGAGUGAGAUGAAGGAGCACGCGGCGGCACGUGCCUCUGCCAGCAUCAACGUGUAGCCGCCCCUGAGCGCGGAGCAAGGCUCCAGCAGCUUCAUCGCUGCUAGUUCUGGGCGACUUCCUAAGAGUAGGGCUGGCGCGGGUGCAGCCACACAGACUAGGAGACGGGUCACACUUAUCAGUGUUCCUAUGGAAACUUUGAAUAUUUGUUUUAUAUGGAUUUUAUUCACUUUCACACAAUACGAAAGAGGGCCUGCAGCUGCCAAGCAAGCAUUUGUAGCUUGUGUCAUGGGAUUGUGGGCCGAAAGCUUAGUGUUGUGACCUGUUUUACGAAUAAAGCAUCUUGAAAGAA